UGCCCCACUCUUCGCGUCCGUCUGUUAGGAAAAAAAAAAAAGAAGCCACCAAGAGCAACUCCGCCCAGCAAGAUAGCGCAACACAAUCGCGACCAUGAGUAGGAAACGGUCUACAGAAACCAACAGCGCACCAGAGGCUAUGGAGGACAGGUCCAGCAAGAAGAGAAAGCUCCGGGAGGCCACCAGCGCCAAGGCUGCUCCGGCCGACGAUGUCCCCAUGAAGAAAUCCAAAAAGUCCAAAAAGUCCAAGGCGGCCGAGCCCGUCGUCGAGGCGCCGCCGCCUGUGGAGGAGCUCGAGGCCAGCGAGGGGCAGGACGGCGAGGCAGAAUGGAGCGACGACGACAGCGCCGCAGGCGAUGACAGCCCUGCCGACGAUGCGCCCGCGGACGCAGACGGCGACGGCGACGGCGACGGCGACGAGGAGCUCCCGGACGCCGACGACGUGCAGCCCAGCGGCCUGUCGCUCCCCGAGGCGUCCGACGCCACGGCCGCGCAGGCCUUUGACGAGCUCGGCCUGUCGGAGAACACGAUGAAGGCGAUCAAGGAGAUGGGCUUCGACAAGAUGACGGAGAUCCAGAGGCGGGGCAUCCCGCCGCUGCUGGCGGGCAAGGACGUGCUCGGCGCGGCCAAGACGGGGUCCGGCAAGACGCUGGCCUUCCUGAUCCCCGCCGUCGAGAUGCUGCGGUCGCUCAAGUUCAAGCCCCGCAACGGCACGGGCGUCAUCGUGGUGUCGCCCACGCGCGAGCUGGCGCUGCAGAUCUUCGGCGUCGCGCGCAACCUGAUGCAGUUCCACUCCCAGACGUACGGCAUCUGCAUCGGCGGCGCCAACCGCCGCGCCGAGGUCGAGAAGCUGUCCAAGGGCGUGAACCUGCUCAUCGCCACCCCGGGCCGCCUGCUGGAUCACCUGCAGAACACGCCCUUUGUGUUCAAGAACCUGAGGUCCCUGGUCAUCGACGAGGCCGACCGGAUCCUCGAGAUCGGUUUCGAGGACGAGAUGCGCCAGAUCAUCAAGAUCCUGCCCAAGGAGCGCCAGUCGAUGCUCUUCUCGGCCACCCAGACAACAAAGGUCGAGGACCUAGCCCGCGUCUCGCUACGCCCGGGCCCCCUCUACCUCAACGUGGACGAGGAGAAGCAGUUCAGUACGGUCGAGGGUGUCGAGCAGGGAUACAUUGUCUGCGAGGCCGACAAGCGCUUCCUCCUACUGUUCUCCUUCCUCAAAAAGAUGCACAAGAAGAAGAUCAUCGUUUUCUUCAGCAGCUGCAACUCGGUCAAGUACUACGCCGAGCUGCUCAACUACAUCGACCUCCAAGUCCUCGACCUCCACGGCAAGCAAAAGCAGCAGAAGCGGACAAACACAUUCUUUGAGUUCUGCAACGCCGAGAGGGGCACGCUCAUUUGCACCGACGUUGCUGCUCGAGGGCUCGAUAUCCCCGCCGUAGACUGGAUCGUCCAGUUCGACCCCCCGGACGACCCGCGCGACUACAUCCACCGCGUGGGACGGACGGCGCGCGGGUCCAGCAAGAAGGGCUCCUCCCUCAUGUUCCUGCUGCCGAGCGAGGUCGGAUUCCUCACGUACCUCAAGCAGGCGCGCGUGCCGGUCGUCGAGUUCGAGUUCCCGACCAAGCACGUCUCCAACGUGCAGUCGCAGCUGGAGAAGCUGAUCGGCAAGAACUUCUACCUGCACCAGAGCGCCAAGGACGGCUUCCGGUCGUACCUGCACGCCUACGCCAGCCACAGCCUGCGCUCCGUCUUCGACAUCAACAAGCUCGACCUGGCAAAGGUGGCCAAGAGCUUCGGCUUCGCGACCCCGCCCCGGGUCGACAUCCAGCUCGGGGCCAGCAUGAGCCGCGACAAGAAGGCCCCGGCCGGCAGGCGCGCCUACGGCAGCCAGCCGAGGCAGAACGGCGCACAUAGCGGCAAGUUCAAGAGGCGUGGGGCAUGAUAGUGGGUGGGAGUUCGGGUAAGAUGUGUGUGCUUUCUUGUAGAGGAUGGCCUGCCUUGUUUUGAUGGUUAAAAGUUUUUUUUUUUUGGCGUAAUGAUGAUACCGACACAAUCGGCCACUUGAUAGCGGUGGUCGGCUCGAGGUUGAUGGGAUAUCAUGUUGCUUCGGUUUUUCGGCGAGACUACUUCUCAACAGCAGCCUUCCGCUUGUUCUACUAGCUUCAGCACCUGCAGCCUACCCCUUGAAAGCCCAAGAAAGUGAACAGUUCGCCUUGUGACAUGAAAUCUGG